GUAUGGGUUUGGCCCUUUCUCUUUCACCAAAUACAUACCAUGCCAUAAACCCUCCAUCCAUCUUCUUUCUAUUCUCUUCACCAAAUACAAUUACUCUCUUUUCCCUCUUUCUCUUCCCCUCUUUUUUCUCUCAACAUAUAGAAACAGUAAAAACAUUGGAGUAUAAUAUAUAUCACAUAUAUAUAGAGGUGUGUAUAUAUAUAGAGAGAGAAUCUUGUCGGGUUGGUGGUGGGGUGGUGAAGACGACGAUGAGUAGCAACAACAAGAGAGGAGGAGCUAGGGUUUCAAUCCCAAGCAGUGUAAGGAAAACGAUCCAGAACAUAAAGGAAAUCACUGGAAAUCACAGUGAAGAUGAGAUAUAUGCAAUGCUCAAAGAAUGUUCUAUGGAUCCCAAUGAAACUGCCCAAAAACUCCUUUUUCAGGAUACGUUCCAUGAAGUAAAAAGCAAACGCGACAGAAGAAGAGAGAAUUUGAACAAGGAGUCUUGUGAGCCAAGGUGGAAGCCAGCUAUGCAGGGGAGGGGGAACAAGGGGAGUCGGGGAAACUUCACUUCUCUCCAUGUUUCACUUGAUGCUGGUAGUGGAAGGAACUCUGGACCUGAUAAGGAUAAUGGAGCCAGCCAUGUUUCUGGAAAGAGUGUCAACCUAUCUUCCGUGCCUACUGUCGAGGGGAAGAAUACUUCAAGCUCAUCAAGUGCCAGAGCCAAUGGGCCUGGUGUGGUAGCUUUUGGGAGUAACUGUAUUGUACUUGAUGCACCUGCAUCAGCAGGAAGUGGGAUUAAGCAAUCUGAAGCAACUGCAGCUGGCUCUAUUAAGCCAGAGGAACCUCUGCAAUCUCCAAGUCAUGAUGUGAACAGAAGCCCUAGAGUGUCCGUGGGAACCAAGGAUAGGCUUGGACGGAAGAUGCCAAAUUUCAGCAACUCUUCAGCAUCCUUGUCUUCACCGCCUUCAUCAGGAGCUUAUUUUUCAGCAUCUGAUCCUGUUCUUUUGCCAUCUCAUGGUUCACGACCCCCUGGUGCAGUAGGCACAAUUCGAAGAGAAGUCAAUGGGCAGCGUGCUCCAUUUGAACAUGUUCCUACCAACUCUAAUGGGAGCAAGACAGGCACUGCAGUUUCUGACUCCAGAAGUUCAACUGUGCAAGUAAACAUGUCAAGCAAAUUCCAGGGGUCUGUAAAGAAUCAGCUUCCCGAAUCCCCACAAAGUGCUUCUUUGGCUCAGAGUGUUUCUUCUAUUAGUAGGCCUACUUCUAAUUACAACAACCGAUCACCACUAGUUGGGCCACAAAAAGCUGGUCCUGGUAAGGAAUGGAAGCCGAAGCCCACAAACAAUAAUAUUGUUCAGGUUUCUGCUACAUCUGCUGUUGGUUCAUCUGAUGUUUCUACAGAGUCUGCGGAGGUCGAUACUCAACUGCAGCCUUCGGAUGUCGAUAUUGAAAUAAAGAAAGGGACUUUUGAACUGCAGCAGAAGUUAGAAAAAUCGUGCAUUUCAGAUGUUCAGCCUGUCAUUAUCCCUAACCACCUUCAUGUCCCCGAGGCUGAAAAACUUGGUUUCUGUUUUGGAACUUUUGAAGCUAGCCUGGGUUUAGGCGUAAGCGCUAACAAUACUGCUGAGAGUGAAAAGACUCCAUCACUCUCUGGAGCUUCUGAGGGUAUUGAAGAAAUGACAAAUGAACAGUUUUUGAGUGAUCAAAAUCCAUCAACAACUGCAGAGGGUGCAGAUUGUUCUGAUCAAUCUCCGCCAUCAGGUGGGCAGGAGAGUUUUUCUGCAAAGCCAGAAGAUGUCUCAUCCUCUCUUCCUGAGUACAGUGAAUCUAAGCUAGAGACUCUGCAAGGAGGCCAUCAAUAUUCAGUUGUUCAUACGUCCCCGAACUAUAGUUUUGGUUUUGUGCCACCACCAUUAAGCAGUCGUCUCGAACCUUUUGAAAAUUUUAAUUCUCAGUUUCGCGAUGUUUUUCGUCUUCCAAACUUUGUUGUUCAGCAACCAUUUGACCCAACAAGCUACUAUCAGUUCUACCGCUCCAACGCUGAUGGUGAUGGCCGCAUUUCACCUUUUCAUUCACCCGGAGUUUCUACAAAGUUCAAUGGCAAUGUUGCAGUUGUGCCUCCACAAACUUCUCAAUCUGCUCAAGAGGGAGGAAACACUCUCGUUUUAUCUACAGCGGCUCCAACAUCACUUGCAACCCAAGCUGCUGGGCUUGUGCGGAGUUCAGCAGCUGUAACUCAGCAACCUGUAUUUCGACAAGCUGCAGGGAUGCAUCUCCCUCAUUAUCCUCCAAAUUACAUCCCAUAUGCUCACUAUUUCUCUCCAUAUUAUGUUCAACCAACAGCCAUCCAUCAAUUCUUAAACAAUGGUGCAUUUCCCCAGCAACUUCAGGCUGGUAGUGUAUAUCCAUCUCCACCAACCGCUGCUGCCAGAUACUCACUUUCGCAGUAUAGGCCAGGAGCUAAUGUAGGAAACUCAACUCACAUUAAUGUUCCUGGUACGUAUGGGCCAUAUGGAUCCUCUACAUCCAGCUAUAGCACUAGUUCAACUACAGGAGGUGGAAACCCUGUUUCUAAUGAGGAUCUUUCUGCUUCUUCGUUCAAGGAUAGUCAACAACAGAGUGAGGGCGCAGCUGUGUGGAUUACUCCAGGUCGAGAUUUAUCCAGCUUGCAAGCAAGUUCUUUUUAUAACCUACCCCAGGGUCAAGUGGCUUUUACUCCCACACAACCUGGCCAUGGAAACAUUGCUGGUCUUUAUCAUCCAGCACAACCAGUGACAGCAGAGACUGUUCACCCACUUAUACAACAGUCACCGACAAUGGCUGGUUCAAUUGAUAUGGUUGGACCCACAGCUACUGUCUAUCAGCAGCCUCAACAUUCACAAAUUAACUGGCCGAGUAGCUACUAAGGAGCUGGUCCUGCCAUUUGUAGACCGGAAAGAAAAUGAGAUUCUUGAUUACAAUUUUGGGGUUACAAUUAGUUUGGAGGUGGAGGAAGUAUCCGGCAACUGCCGAAAAAGGCAUUCACUGUGCUGGUUGACUGUAAAUCUUACUAGAAAUGCCCCUCCCUGAAAAAAGAAAAAUGAAAAAAGAUGAGAUCUGUUUUCUUGCUUGGGAUUGAGGAUUCAAACGGUAAAUCCUCCUGUAACGAAUAGUGACAGUUUAGUUUGAGGCUGGUAUAAGAAAAUUGGUUUACCAUUA